AAAAAAUAUCUAUCUAUCUUGUCCUACUACGUACAUAAUAAUGACACAAUUUCUCAAUCUCAAAUUUUGAAACACCAACAUAAUUAUUAUGAAUGCAGCCAUUGUUGGUGCAGUUCCGUUCCCUCUUUUAUCUCCUUCAUCCAACUUCAAAUUGAAACUCAAAUUCACCACCUCAAAGAGUUUCAAAGGAAGAUUUGUGGUGUUUGCCACAUCAAGUAGUGGGGAGGAAAAUGGAUUUGAGGAGGAUAAGAAAAAUUCAUGGAGCAACCUGUUUGAUGUUGAGGAUCCAAGGUCUAAAUUAGUACCAGUUGAAAGAAAGUUUUUGGAUGUUAAUCAAGCACUUGAGGUGGCUAGAUUUGAUCUACAGUAUUGUGACUGGCGUGCUCGACAAGAUCUUCUUACAAUCAUGAUUCUACAUGACAAGGUUGUAGAUGUUUUAAACCCUCUUGCACGCGAGUACAAAUCCAUUGGGACGUUGAAGAAGGAUCUAGCAGAGUUGCAAGAAGAGCUUGCUCAAGCACAUAAACAGGUACAUACAUCAGAAGCAAGGGUUAGUGCGGCUUUAGAUAAGUUAGCAUACAUGGAAACCUUGGUCAAUGACAAACUUUUGGAGGACAAAAACACGGUAGCAUCAGACACCACGGCUUUAUCUCGUGCUACUUAUACUCCAUCUUCUGAGACUGCUGAAAGUAAAGCCGAACGGAAAAGCAUAAGGGUGUCUGGUCCAGUCAAACCGUACCAUCCUCGUUUGAAAAACUUUUGGUACCCUGUGGCUUUCUCUAGUGACCUGAAGGAUGACACAUUGAUACCGAUAGACUGCUUUGAAGAGCCUUGGGUGUUAUUUCGUGGGAAAGAUGGCCAACCAGGAUGUAUAAAGAACACAUGUGCGCAUAGAGCAUGCCCCCUGGACUUGGGAACUGUGAAUGAGGGUCGCGUGCAAUGUCCCUACCAUGGGUGGGAGUACUCUACAGAUGGGAAAUGUGAGAAAAUGCCUUCAACAAAAUUUGUCAAUGUGAAGAUAAAAUCACUUCCGUGCAUUGAAAAAGAACGAAUGAUAUGGAUCUGGCCUGGAACUGAACCUGCUUCACCUUCUAUACCUUCACUACAACCACCGCCUGGAUUCCAGAUACAUGCUGAGAUUGUCAUGGAAUUACCGGUGGAGCAUGGACUACUUCUUGACAACCUUUUGGAUCUUGCACAUGCGCCUUUCACCCACACUACCACUUUUGCAAAGGGGUGGAGUGUUCCAAGUUUUGUAAAGUUUUUGACCCCUGAAACUGGGCUUCAAGGAUACUGGGAUCCAUAUCCAAUCGAUAUGGAGUUUAAACCGCCUUGUAUAGUUUUAUCAACUAUUGGGAUUUCAAAACCUGGAAAACUGGAGGGUCAGAGCACCAAGCAGUGUGCAACACAUCUACACCAACUACAUGUGUGCCUACCAUCAUCAAGAAAUAAGACAAGACUAUUAUACAGAAUGUCACUUGAUUUUGCACCCAUUUUGCAACACAUGCCUUUCAUGCAUGUCCUUUGGAAGCAUUUUGCAGAAAAGGUUCUAAACGAGGAUUUAAGGCUUGUGCUUGGCCAACAAGAAAGAAUGAUCAACGGGGCUAAUGUUUGGAACUGGCCAGUAUCAUAUGAUAAGUUAGGAGUUAGGUACAGGUUGUGGAGAAAUGGCGUCGAGAAAGGAGUAAAACAAUUACCAUUCAGCAAAUGAACAUAUCAACAAGUUUUUGGAAUUGGUUCAACACUUUUAUGUGAUUUUCCUCAAAUCAUUCUUGAAAAGUCAAAAAAUACAUGCUCAAACACAAAUUUCUGCAAAGUAUGACAAGUUGAAAGCUGUGAUUUCAAGCAAAAGUGGAAUGGCUGCCAUGGCAUGGAUGAGAGAUUGUAAAAACAAAACAAAUUAUAAGACACCCUUUUUGCUCAUUAUGUACAGUCCUGAUUAAAGUUAUAUUAUGAUACAGCUUGUGAAAUAA